GAAAAGUGAGUCAAGAUGGCGAGCCAUGGAGACAGGGAGUCUAGGAGUUCGAGGGCGAGCGACUCUCCCGGGGACACCAUGAACGACGUCUAUGCUGCCUGGCAUGAAAUGCUAGAAGGCGAGGGCGCUGGGCUGGCGGCUCGCGUGGCAGAGCUGGAAGUCCGCUGCGCCCGGCAGGCUGAGGAAUUACUAUGUCUUCGGUCCACCCUAGCUGAUGCCCUACGAAGGCUCAACGCUUUAGAAGGGAGAGCUCCAGCAUCUUCAACACCUCAAAGAAAUGGUGGUUACACAGGGUCAUCAGGCACUCCAACGAGAGAGCUAAGGCUACGGCAACCUUCCUACAGAGAGACUGCUAAACGGACGUCCAGCUAUGGUUCCACGGCAUCCUCACUCCCACAAAGACGCGGCCCACAGCACCAGUCCACAGGCUCGCUGCAGUCGGACUCGCCGGCCUCGUCGUCCUCGCUGUCCCCGGCGCCCUCGCCCUCGCCGCGCGCCACCCCCGCGCCGCACAGGUCGCAGGCUAGCCUAUCCCGCAACAACUCCACGUCCAGCAACCAGAGCCAGAGCCCCGGAGGGAACAAUCUCACCAAGCGGUGGAGCUCCACCGGAGACUUCAACGCACAGGGACUCAUUCCCAACAUCAGAUUUACGACCACAAAGUCGUUGUUAAACUUGUAUUCUAAAUCGCCGCAGAACGGGCCAAUUCUCAAACACGGCACGCACACCUGCCAGUACAACGAGGAAGAUGGCACCAUGCGCAUGUACCUGCGCGGGAGGCCGGUGGUGCUGUACGGGCCCUCCGACCUCGACAGCUUCGACCCGGCCAAGGUCGCUCCGCCGCCGCAGAACAAGCUCAAGUUGGAGUGGAUCUAUGGAUACAGAGGCAAAGACUGCCGCAGCAACCUGUACCUCCUGCCCACCGGCGAGAUAGUGUACUUCGUCGCAGCAGUGGUCGUUCUCUUCAACGUCGAGGAGCAAUGCCAGCGGCACUACACCGGCCACACUGACGACGUCAAGUGUCUCGCUAUACAUCCCAAUAAGCUUAUUGUGGCGAGUGGACAGUGCGCGGGGCAUGACCGAGUCGAUGCUAGGCCGCACGUCCGCGUCUGGAACUCCGUCUCCCUGGCAACCCUGGCCGUGAUCGGAGCGGGACAAAUGGAGCGCAGCAUAGCGGCGCUCUCUUUCUCGCGCGCCGACGGUGGCGCCCUCCUAGCAGCUGUAGACGAGGGCGCGGACCACACUAUAUCUGUGUGGGAGUGGCAGCGGGACAAGGGUCACUGCCUAGCCGAAACCAAGUGCUCAGUGGACACCGUGGUGGCAGCAGAGUUCCACCCGCUAGACCGGAACCAGAUCGUGACGUGCGGCAAGAACCACAUCGCGUUCUGGACGCUCGACCACACCAACAUGCUCUACAAGCGCAUGGGCGUGUUCGAGUCCCGGGACAAGCCCAAAUACGUCACGUGUCUCGGAUUCAACCACAACGGCGACGUGCUCUCCGGGGACUCGAGCGGCAACAUCACCGUGUGGGGCCGCGGCACCAACACCAUCACGAAGCUGGUGCGCGGCGCGCACGCGGGCUCCGUGUUCUCACUCCUCGCUCUGAAGGACGGCGCCGUGGUGAGCGGCGGCGGCAAGGACGGCCGCGUCCUCAUGUUCGACGCGGAACUCAACGCCACGGGACAUGAGAACAUUAUCGAAGGUCACUACGGCGGCGUGCGAGUGCUGGCCGAGGGUCGCGGAAGCCAGCUGUUCGUGGGCACCACCAGGAACUGCAUCCUGCACGGAGACCUGCAGCUGGGCUUCUCGCCCGCCGUGCUAGGCCACGCGGAAGAGGUGUGGGGGCUGGCGGCGCACCCCGCGCUGCCGCAGUUCGUGACGGCCGGCUGGGACCGGCUGCUGCAGCUGUGGGACGGGAUGAGCCACUCCACCGUGUGGAGCAAGGACAUCGAGGAGCGCGCGCAGUGCUGCGCGUGGGCGGCGGACGGCGGCGCGGUGGCGGUGGGCUGCCUGAGCGGGAAGUGGCUCGUGUUCGACCCCGUCUCCAGGGAGCUGCUGGCAGCUCAUCAUGACGGAUCGGAGCCUAUUCAAACGAUCCAAUACUCCCCCGACAACAAGUACGUGGCGCUCGGGUCUAGGGACAACUUCAUCUACAUCUACCAGGUGGACGACGAGGGCCGGCGCUACACGAGGAUCGGCAAGUGCUUGGGUCACUCCAGCUACAUAACGCAUCUGGACUGGUCCGAAGACAGCCAAUACAUCAGGAGUAACUCCGGGGACUAUGAACUCUUAUACUGGAACGCGACAACGUGUCGCCAGGUGCCGUCGCCGACGAGCCUGCGCGACGCGACGUGGGCGACGCACGCGUGCCCGCUCGCCUUCCACAGCGUCGGCGUGUGGCCCGAGGCCGCAGACGGCACCGACAUCAACUCCUGCACCAGGUCUCACGACAGUCGCCUCGCUGCGACUGGAGACGAUUUCGGAAAAGUGAAGCUUUUCGCCUACCCCGUCACACAACCUAAGUCCCUCUGUCACCAAUAUGGCGGGCACUCGUCACACGUGACCUGCGUCCGGUUCCUGCCCGACGACUCGCGUCUCGUGUCCACCGGCGGACUCGACACGAGCGUCAUGCAGUGGGUCGUAGAUUAAACCUUAACUCCACGGCAUAAAACACAUUUUACAACUACCACGUUCGAGCACAGACUCGACUAUACAGUGGGUACUGUACUUUAAACCCUAUCUUAAAGGAAUAAAGCACAUUUUAAAAAGCAUGUUGGAUUGUAAACUAGGCCUUCUGUCAACUGUUUAAUACAUAUUUUGCAACAAUCCUUAACACGUCAUUGUGUGGUGUUCUAAUGAAAGUAGGUCGUAAGAAGCACCUCUUAAAGUAGAUUUUUCAAAAACAUUAUAUCUUAAGCAAAUCUUAAACCAUUUCAUGUUUUACUGACAAACAUAUGAUCAUCAGCAUUUUAAUUGUGGGGGACCUUUAAAGACCUUUCUAUCAAAAUUAUAGGUCUAAUAAACAGAAACAUGGGUAUUAAGUGUAUUAACCAUAUCAACUCGAAUUAUUGAGAAAUUAGCCCCAAAAUAUUCCAAUUACUUACGUAUAAAAUUUAUAGUAAAUAAAAUUAUUGCUGUAUUUGGGAUCAUUAAACAUAGUGAAAAUGAUCGGUUUUCUGAUUUUCUUAUUGUAUAACUUUACCUAUUCAAAUAAUAUUUGAAACUAACUGGAAAGUCUAAUGUAUGAAAAAAAAUGCUAAAAUGGUUUUUUUAUUUUUAAUAUUUCUGUGGUGUUACUGCUAAAUGAUGAAAACUAAUCUUUAUAAGUGAAACUUGCACGAAGCACUAGAGGCCUAAGAAAAGCCUUUCUUACAAUUGUGUCAUUUUAUAAUAAGCAAAUAAGAGAUUUUUAUGUUUUUAUUAUGUGUGCAUUUUAAGUCGAAGUGAAAUGAUAAUUGUAAUUAAAUGCUUGAGAGUACUUUUUAAGUAUUGGAUAGCUAUAGGUACAUUUACAUGUUUAUUUUCUUUUGUGCACGGUUGUGACUAAGCAAAGAGUUAUUUAAUUGUUAAUUAUGAAUAAAUCAGAGUAAAGAAUAAUUAUCCAUAAUAUUAUAAGCUUAUCCUACAAAUGUUACACUGAAAAUAUUAUUUUAGAAUUUAUUAAAUAAUUUUAAAUAUCAUUCCAAUAUAUAUUUUUUAUAAUUUUCGUGUAUUUUUUUAUAUUUCUUUACUCUGAUAUAUUUUUACUGAAAAAUCCGUCACUUUAAUCUAGUUUAAAUAUAGCAACACUAAACUUAGUGAUUUUACACUGGCAACACUGCGAAUAUUGUUUUUAUAAUUAUGUAUGUGAUUGAGCUUGUAAGCUAAUUUAAAUGUAAGCAUAAUAAUUAUUUUCGUGGCACGUUUUAAUCAAUUACUGUAAUUAAUUAUUUAAGCCAUAAAGUUCAAGUUUUACAAAUUAGGCAUAAUAAUUAAAUAUAUUUUAAUAAUGAAUGUUGGAACGUGGUUUAUGGAAAUUCAGAUGUAAUGUUUAGUUUUAAGUACAAAUAUAUCUUUGGCUGUAUUUAUUGAAUGCAAAACAGUAUUAUAUUCUUGGUUAAGAGUUUCAAGCCUAAUUCAGAUCAGUGUAUAAGUAAGUUAGCGUUAGUUUUGAACACACAUUCUGAUGUUUUAACCCUUAAAUGCAUGAUUUAAAAAAUUACUACUACUAUUUGGCGUUUUUUUUCUGUUGAAUCUGUGAGCUGUCCAAUGCUUUGUAUACAUUUGGCAACAAUAUGCAUUUAAGGGUUAAGAAGCUGCGACAAGUGAAAUUAGUAAAGACUUGUUUGAUACAAAUCGCAGCCUUACGAGGAUAAACGCGUAUUCGUAUGGAUUAACCUUUUGAGCGUCGCGACGAUUUUAUAAUAUAUAAUACCCGAUUUACACAUUGAUUAGUGUUAAUACGGGUUCAUACAUUUGUUACUAGCGUUUAGUAGCAAAUGUAUGAACUCGCACUUCUAAUAUCAUUCUAUAAAUCGGGCCUAACUCGCAAUAGUAAACUUUAUUAAUAUGUGCCAUUUUCAACCAAAAGGGUACUUAUUGUCGCUUGUCAGUAAGGCGCUAUUUCCAUAUAGCUUCUAUUAGAAAUCAACCUUAUCAACAAGCGACAAUGUGGUACAUUUUGGUUGAAAAGUCACAUAUGUCAAAAAUUAAGGUUCAUUUUAUACUUGACCUUUUUCGGCUAUGCCCGACUCACGUUCAAAGGGUUAACAGUCUUUUUAUUAACUUGUCUGUGCAAGAAACGAACAAACACGAAUUUCCAAGAAUCACGUGCCACUAAAAUAUCGUACUAGUUGUGUCGAAAGCAUUCCUUUUGGUGAAAAUGGAACGGUUUAAAACCUAGUCACCGUAGUUUUCAUUUAGUUCUCAUCGUAGGUAUUUAAGCACUAAUUUAGGUCUGUAAAUAGCGAAGACGUACGUCUUUUUGAAUGUGCCUCUAUUAAGAAUCUUUUAUCGAA